AUGGAGAAGCUGGUCGAAAGUUGGGGAAGCGAUGCAUCCCAUGAGCUCCACGUGCUGUGGAGGACGGUAGGGACGCUGCAUGCACUUGGAGGGCGCCGGGUCUCCGAUUUGGUUUGGCCCGAAGAAAUGGAGACACCGAACUUUACGGUGGAGCAGGCGACAGCGGUGGCCGCCGUGGCCCCAAGGCUGGCGCUUCCCGCAGAUUGUCGGAAAGACCUGGCGCGCUUGCUUCUGGCCCUAGCCGCAGAUCCGCGGAAGCAGGAGGACGUGCGGGACCUUCGGCUUGCUCUCAAGGUGCCCGAGGCAGUGACGGCUUUAAAACUUCGAGACCAUCCAGGCUGCGGAAUUCUGCAACUUGCUUUGGCCUUCAAGUUUGUGCAGGGCCGCUUCUACGACGUGGUCCUCGAUCCAUCCGCCAUCAAUGACGCCCUCCUCGGCAUUCUUAUCGGUCAUGGAGUCUUGAAGGAGGCCUGCCACGUUCACUGGGAGCGGACCAUGGUGAAGCGGAGACAGGGCAGCCUUUGUUGGGUUAGCAUCCGCACGCAAAGUGCAGAGAGUGCGGAUGCCUUGAAGCAAGCCUUCAAGUCUUGCAAGCUUGAAAAGAAGCUGGAGGAGGUAAAGAUCGACGAGCUGCUCUUGAAUGCCCCGGUGCAGGUAGCCUAUCAUGAGAGGGAGGGCAACAGCGAUACCAACCUCCGUUUCGACAGGGCCUUCUUCUGUUUCUCCCUGGAGGAAAUCAGAGUCACCGGUGGACGCAUCCUGGAUAUCAUCGACCCGAGCCGUGCCAGCAUCGAUCCCAUGUGUGAAGACGAGACGUGUUUCCCGCCAGAGGCGCCUGAAAAGGACACGGCCGGGGUCUCCGGCUGGAACAUCCCUCCGAUCAGGGCAUGGGGUUUGGGUAACGGGGGUCACGGCGGCCGGGGCGAGACAUCGGAGCCCCCCGCUUCCUCGGCAGGAGCACCCCGCUGGAUUCCAACGGUGCUGGCGCCGGCUCCAGAGGCUGGGCUUCGGCUUGCCAGUGAGGUCAGCGGGAUCCCGUGGAUGGGGCCUCGCACGGUGUGUAACCCACUGUACCAGCGCUUGGGCGAGCUGCUGACGGCCAUGCGGCCACUCUUUGCACGGUUAGCUCCGCAAGAUGGCUCGAGUGAGGCCGCACUUCACCAACGGCUGGAUGCAACGUCCAAAGUACUGAUCAAGGCCCAGGUUUAUGAGGUGCACAGCUGCGAGGAGAUUCUCGGCGAGCUCCACCGAGAAGGAAUCAAGCGCGAUCAGAUUCAGAUGGUUGGCCUUUACUACCCCAUCGUCGAUGAGGGACUGGCUGGCGGCGACCUAGAGAUCACCGUUGUAUUGACUGGUGGCUGCGGCUCACAGUACCCAAAAUCGAAGACGAUCGCUGUGCAAGCUGGUACGGCCAUAGUUUUUGACAACCACACUGUGUACCAUCGCAUGACGGCUCUUCGUGCGGCCAGCGCUUCUUCGGGUCAGAGGGGCCGAAGGCUGGUUGUUGCCUUCUUCGUGCUACAAGGAGGGGAGGUGCCAGGCACGGACUGCAUUUCCGUGAACUAUGCAGACAAGGCGCGAGUGCUGGUUCGCCGAACCCUCCGCAAGCUGCCGAAGCACGUACAGUUCAGCAUCGAGCAGUUUCUCACCGGUGGGACGUCCUAUGCGCGGCAGCGCUUUGAGUCUUCCCGCCGCGCGCGGGCUCGUGACCUAACCCAGCAAUGUCUUAUCGUGAGUGCCGUCGAUUGA